AUGCAAUUACCGAAAGAAAGGAAAAAUUGUGCAUGUAAUCCGCGGUUCAACUUGAAAGUAAAAACCGGGACAGAAGUGAAUAUCAAACAGAAGUACAGAACAGAACCCUGUUUGGAACUCAGAACUCAGAACUCAGAACUCGGAGAUAGAUCCCAACACGCAAAGGAGAGAGAGAUGACGACGAUACGGCGGUUCUGUUGCAACGACCUUCUCCGCUUCGCUUCCGUCAACCUCGACCAUCUCACUGAAACUUUUAACAUGUCAUUUUACAUGACCUACUUGGCGAGAUGGCCCGAUUAUUUUCACGUCGCCGAAGCCCCCGGCAACAAAGUCAUGGGAUACAUUAUGGGGAAAGUGGAAGGACAAGGCGAGUCCUGGCACGGCCAUGUGACUGCGGUUACGGUGGCCACGGAAUUCCGCCGGCAGCAAUUGGCCAAGAAGCUUAUGAACCUGCUGGAAGAUAUCAGCGACAAGAUGUAAGGAUUUCCUUUUCCCCCAACCCUUGUUUUCUUCCCAAUUUUUAUUUUGGCAGCCCAAUUGAUAGAUUACUCAUUCUGAUGCAAGAUUCUGUUACCAAGGAGCUGCUAUCAAGUAGUGUCAAGUGUUAGUUAAGAAGAAUUUGCCUUGUGGAUGAAUUCGUUUUGCAGUUUGCACGAUAUGGACUGGUGACAUCGAUCGUGCCUGGGAUUGUUGUCUACAACUUCUGUUUGAAUUGUUGUUCUUUAUGUGGUGGCAUUGAAUGAUGUGAUAUAUGAUGAUUGUGUGCAAUUUCAACCUCGAUGUCAAUAACGUGAUAUGAAGUUUGUUCAAUGACUAAUUGAUUGUUCCAGAACUCAUGUUGUCUCGAGAUGUUUCCUCAAUCCUUGCUGUUUUCCCCCCAAUUAGUAGUGCAGCUCUGCCUAUUGAUGAAAAGGCUCAUUGAAAGUUUUUUUGUUCUAUACCUUUGCUUCUUUUUGGAGUAUUUGUGUUAUUCGUGAUUUUAACAAGAGGUUUGCUUCAGUGAUAAGGGGUACUUCGUGGAUCUUUUUGUGAGAGCUUCAAAUACGCCUGCGAUAAAGAUGUACGAGAAGCUUGGAUAUAUAAUCUACAGACGGGUGCUUCGCUACUACUCUGGGGAGGAAGAUGGCUUAGAUAUGAGGAAAGCGUUAUCUCGUGAUGUGGACAGGAAAUCAGUCAUCCCUCUCAAACGACCUAUUACUCCCGACGAACUGGAGUACGAUUAAGUAUCAAAGUGCUGAUGCAGUAGCUUAAUCUGUUGAGCUUGACAGCAGUGGAAGAAGCUACUCUGUGAUAUAUAGAUUGAUUCUGGUAACUUAUUUGGUUUGAUGCUUGGUGAAAUCCUAUUUCAGAUAUUCCUGAGGCCGUCGUCUGGCUAGAAAGUGGUGGGACUUGAGACAGUUGUUGUGUAGAAGUGUUAGAAACCGGCGGGUUGGGCCGGUCGGGUGAGGGGAGUGGCAGUUUCGUUAUUUUCAUUAUUUCUGUUUUGUAUUUAAGAGGAGAGAACACUAUUCUGCAGAUUAGUGAAUAAUCAAUAUUACAAUCAAAAUCCCUAAAUUCCCAAUUCUCUCUA